AUGGUUGAAACGAGCAAGCGGGUGCCCUACAAAGGAGUUCUGAUUGAAUUGAAGAACACCGUCUUGUGCUCCUCGAUGGAAAACAUUCAGUUGCCCGCAAAUACCUUUAAGUCUAUCUUGUAUUGUGGAGCCACCGUGGAAUACCAAUGUGGCCGCACCACCGAAGAACAAUACUUUGCCCGGUUGGCAUCAGACUUUGGCCACCCACGGGAAGAGAUAGAGAUGGCCGUAUUGGCUGCGCGGAAGUCUUUACGUGUGAAUGAGGCAGUUUUGGAGUCAUUGGCUUCAAUGAAAGCUCGAUUUGAUGGCCGAUUCAAACUCUAUGCCGUAACCAACCUAUCCCAAGAGGACUACGCGUCAGUCAAGUGUCUUGGGAUUGAUUGGUCUUUAUUCGAACAAGUAUUUGUGUCGAGUGAGAUGGGCAUGCAAAAGCCCGAAUUGCGAUUCUACCAACGUGUUCUGGAACAGAUAAGUCUGCCAGCUGAGCAAGUCAUCUUGGUGGAUGACGACACGGAUAAUAUAGUGGCGGCAAUGUCCAUGGGGUUGCAAGGUGUCCUCUCUUUGGAAGAUUCGUUUCCCCGCAUUAUUCUCAACCUCGUCGAGGUUGACCCUGUUGGACGAGGCACACAGUUUCUCCACCAGCACGCCAAACGCUUUCCUUCUUUCACGCAUACCGGCAUACCCGUGAGGGAGAACUUUGCGCAAUUGCUCAUCCUUGAGCUCACUGGUGACCGAUCGUUGGUUGAUAUUGAGACCCAUCUGACCACAUGGAACUAUUUCAUUGGUCCUCCUGUUCUCACCCAGACCAAGUUCCCUGAUGACAUGGACACGACAUCACUGGGAAUCACUAUUCUCAAUCGCCCUCCUCACGUGGCCAACCUUGUCAUGGACAAGAUGCUUCAGUAUCGAUCCCCUGAUGGUCUCAUGCAGACAUUCUUCACCGACUUCAAAAACCGAGUUGACCCAGUCGUGUGCUGCAACAUUCUGAGUCUCUUCUACCAAUACGGUCGGGGCUAUCAGCUCUCUGAGACACUCAAUUGGGUUCACCAGGUCCUCCAAAAGCGGGCCUACAUUCACGGUACCUCGUUCUACCCUGUUCCUGAGGCCUUUUUCUUCUUCCUCUCUCGCCUGCUGCUGCGUCUCAAGAAUCGUCGCGCCCGGGUAUAUAGCCGAAUGCGACGCCUGCUCAUUGAGCGACUAGAAGAGCGCAUCGGGGUGCCGGUUGAUGCAGCCAGUCUGGCAAUGCGCCUAAUUGUCUGCCACCAGGUCGGGAUUCGCGAUGUUCGAGAACUCAAGCAGUUAUUAUCGAUGCAAGAAACAGAUGGUGGAUGGGAGAUGGGAACCUUGUAUCACUAUGCAUCGAAGAAAUUGCGGUUGGGUAACAGAGGUGCUUCUACUGCGCUGGCACUUGAUGCUAUUCGUCGUUGUCAACCUUGGUUGAGCUAG